GAAGCCGUUGGCUGCUACUGAACCGUUUGGCUCUUUUCUCUACCAGCGAGCAACCUACAAUCUAGACCCAACUGUCCUUUCAGCUCAUUUUUAAGGGGAUUUAUCUUCAUAUAUGCCCGUGUAUCCAAAACAUAUCGGUCAUUGGGGAUUCCUAGGACCGGUUGGCCGGGUCUGAAGGCCGUUAUAACGCUUUUUUCGAGGUUUAAUUAGAGCUAGAAAAAUAACGCUGGUGGAGGAGGAGAUUCCAUAUUAGGAGCACAGAGGAGAAGGCACCCCCCUUGUGUGAUUUGGAGCUUUUGGUUCUGAGCCCAUGGUACAAGGCCCUGACUGAACAUACUGGUGGGGCAUACAGACCUACUACUGUGGCUGUGUGUGCGUGCUGACCUCAUGGUGUAACAGGAGUAAAGAUGAGCAUUAGCAGUGAUGAGGUCAACUUCCUGGUCUACAGAUACCUACAGGAGUCAGGGUUCUCCCACUCAGCGUUCACGUUCGGUAUAGAGAGUCACAUCAGCCAGUCCAACAUCAAUGGAGCUCUGGUGCCCCCUGCUGCCCUGAUCAGCAUCAUCCAGAAGGGCCUGCAGUACGUGGAGGCUGAAGUCAGCAUCAACGAGGAUGGCACAUUAUUUGACGGGCGGCCCAUAGAGUCUCUGUCUCUGAUUGACGCAGUGAUGCCGGACGUUGUUCAGACGCGGCAGCAGGCCUACAGAGAUAAAAUGGCGCAGCAGCAGGCGGCCGCUUCAGCCCCGACCUCGGCCACCGGAGGCAGCAUCGCCGGCAACGCCAAGAACGGAGAGAAUACUGCCAACGGGGAGGAGAACGGAGCCCAUGCCUUAGCUAAUAACCAUGCAGACCUGAUGGAGGUGGACGGAGACGUAGAGAUCCCUCAGAACAAGGCCAUGGUCUUGAGGGGCCACGAGUCAGAAGUCUUCAUCUGUGCCUGGAACCCCGUCAGCGACCUGCUGGCUUCAGGGUCUGGGGACUCGACGGCUCGUAUCUGGAACCUGAGUGAGAACAGUACGAGCAGCUCCACACAGCUGGUGCUGAGACACUGCAUACGAGAGGGGGGGCAGGACGUCCCCAGCAACAAAGACGUCACCUCGCUAGACUGGAAUAGCGAAGGCACACUGCUAGCGACAGGCUCGUAUGACGGCUUUGCCAGAAUAUGGACGAAGGAUGGGAACCUGGCCAGCACACUGGGCCAGCACAAAGGUCCCAUCUUCGCCCUAAAGUGGAAUAAAAAAGGCAAUUUUAUCCUGAGUGCAGGAGUAGACAAGACAACAAUCAUAUGGGAUGCCCACACAGGAGAAGCCAAACAACAGUUUCCCUUCCACUCAGCUCCGGCACUCGACGUGGACUGGCAGAGCAACAACACGUUUGCCUCCUGCAGCACAGACAUGUGCAUCCACGUGUGUAAACUGGGACAGGACAGGCCCAUCAAAACAUUCCAGGGACACACAAAUGAAGUAAAUGCAAUCAAGUGGGACCCCACAGGGAACCUGCUGGCCUCCUGCUCAGACGACAUGACGUUGAAGAUCUGGAGUAUGAAGCAGGACGCGUGUGUCCAUGACCUGCAGGCCCACAGUAAAGAGAUCUACACCAUCAAAUGGAGUCCAACCGGGCCUGGAACCAACAACCCCAGCGCUAACCUCAUGCUAGCCAGUGCAUCGUUUGACUCCACGGUCCGUCUCUGGGACGUGGAGCGGGGGAUCUGCAUCCACACGCUGACCAAGCACCAGGAGCCCGUCUACAGCGUGGCCUUCAGCCCCGACGGGCGCCACCUGGCCAGCGGCUCCUUCGACAAAUGUGUGCACAUCUGGAAUACACAGACGGGCGCUUUAGUCCACAGCUACAGAGGGACGGGGGGGAUCUUUGAGGUUUGCUGGAACGCAGCAGGGGACAAAGUGGGAGCCAGCGCGUCAGACGGAUCUGUGUGUGUACUAGACCUUCGGAAAUAGCGCCGCUGUUUGUUGGAAGCCAUGGACCGACCAUGAAUGUGUACAUAGCCAAAUGACUGUCCCUGCCCUCGCCCUGCCAACUGCUCACGCUCACGGCCCCGCCCACCGACAGACAGGAAGCAGGAAACAGGAACAGGAAGCAGCCCACACAGCAGGUCCAGACAGGGGUGAACAGCCGGACAGACGGAGGGACCUGGGGGGACGGACGGCCCCUCUCUCACAGAGACUCUCACAGAGAUGCAGAAGGGACGCAGUGAAAAAAAGAAAAAAAACUGAUAGACAAAAAAAAAAAAGUUACAGAUCCGUAUAUGUACCAAAAUUUGGAAGCUAUUUUGCUUUUUUUGAUCUUUAAACCAUCGCUCAUCGUCAUCAAAAUGAAAAACAAUGAAAAAAGUGUUGCUCUUUGUUACUCGUUGGAUCUCAUCGUGCAGACAUAUUGAACUCCUCCACCAUAAAAUAGGACGGCACUUAGUUUUUUUAAAUUUCUGAUCUCUUGUUUCAAUGUUUUUAUAUUUUUUAUCUUCGGGGGGAGGGGUACAGGCUGGUCAGCUCAGAGGUACCUGGAUUGGAGAAGCACACACACACACACACACACACACACACACACACACACACACACACAUCACACACACACACACACACACACACACACACACACACACACACACACACACCCACACCCACACCGGGAAUGCAGUAGCUCAUGUUGUACAUCCUCCUGUCACAUGACGUCCAUCUAGAUGCUUUAAGAACAGCUCCUCUGUGCACUCUGAUCUAGAUGCUUCUCUCUGGACUCAUGACAUCACAGGAAGCUCACCUCCACUCAUCUGAAUGUGGAGGUUGCAUCCCCAGCCAGUAGGAUUCCAGCUGACCUUCUUACCUAAUUUGAUUCAGGCCUCAAACCAUGGAAUACCCUGAUGUAUGCUGGGAAAAGAGGAUCUUUUUGCAGCUUCUCAAACGACAGAGGGUAGAGCCAAAGAACACAGACACAUGGAGUCAAAGGAGCUGGACUCAAGCUCAGCUCUUCAUCUGAUUGGCAGCGUUCACACACUUUUUAUUGCUCUGUGUGUUUGUAAUUGGCCAACAAGUGAAAACAAGGACUCUCAAAUGGUUAUUCGUUUUUAUUUCAAAUAUCUGGCGCCUUACAUUUCGAGUUAAAGUUGAAUUUAACUGUGGAUGGCCAGGAAAACUGACUUUGUGAUCUGUUUUUGCGACACGUUUGACGGUUUUCUGACAGUUUUUAGUGUAUGUCAUCGUAAGUUCAGAUAUGAAUUACAAGCAAGGGGGAGACAUUAACGGUUUUAUACCUUUGGCUGGUCAAAAUAAAAGUCAAAUCAGUCUGAACAUCUCCAUGUGAACGCAGCAAACAAAGAUUCUCAGAUACAGUUUCGUACCAUCAUCAGUGGCAGUCGUAGUGUCUCUAUUUUCCAAUCAAAGGUGACUUAUUGUGUGAGUUCUCAGCAAAAAAGCAACACAAAAAAAGAACAUAGAGAAUACUAUUUCGACACAUGUGGCUAUGAACUCUGGGAAAAGUGUUCCUUGGCUCUGCCCUGUUGAAGGUUUUAGUAGAACAGCUCUGCCUCCAAGACUCGUAUAAAUACAUGAAACAGUUUCAUUAACACAACCAUGCACAUCCAUGGGGGGGGGGGGGCUUCAGUGUGACUGAGCUGCCUUCACAUCACACUCAAAAAUACAAAAUGACAGCCUGAAUCUCACCGGCACGAGGCUGCUCUUCAGAAUCAAGCUCAAAAGCAGAUCCCAGCAAUAUUUGGACAUUCUUUUUUUUAUAAACAGCUACUUGUCAAAUUGUGGGGGAAUAACGACACUGCGUUCACGCUGGAGAACAUUCGAGAUGUGACGUAAAAGAAUUCAAAACAUGUGGAGCGGUGCAUUCAAUGCAUCGGACUCUGCCCUCGCUCACUCUCGGUUCUGCUUCACGUUUUUCUCCGAGGUUCCUUACUGACACACACAUUUUAUACUCUUUUAAAGACAAAUUUAAAGUUACAUUUUUGUAAUUUCUUUGUAGAUUUGAAAACAAAAUGUGAAUUGAUGAUUUAUUGGCAGUGUUAAUUUACAUGUGCUAUACAUUUUUAAAUGUUUUGUUUUGUUACUUUGAUGCUAUUUCAAAUAGCAAACCCUGAGCUGCGGAUCUGAGGCGCCUCGCUGCGGAACACGUGUCCCGGAGCAGAUUACCACUAAAUGUGUCUGUUUAAUAAAGAAAUGGUUUACUUUUCUUUUUUGCUUGGAUCUUUUUGGGAGGACGUUUUGUCCCGGAAAACGACGGCCUACAGAGAAGACAAUUCAGAAAAAAAGUUACUCUUUAAAUUGAAUAAAAUUGUAAUUUUUCAAUCAAGCAAAGACUCUAGGGACUUUUUCUGGUUCCCCUUUUAUUUUCGCUACAGUCACGAAGAGGGUUGCUCUGGAAGCAGACGUCAUUUCAUUGGUUGAAUAUGGACUUUCGUAUGUGUCUUAUUUGAUCAAGAACACUUGUUCUUGUGAGACAAAUGUUUUUCUGUGCAAAUUUGAAGGGGAAAUUUCUAAUUGGUUUUUUGUUCCGGUCCGAUUGUUAGAAGUCUAAAAUAUAUGUUUCCUGUGCAGUGGCAGAGUCGAACAAUAUUUAUUCUCUGGUGAUAUUUGACUGAAAACAAGUGAACUCAUCUCACACCAUCAUGAAAUGUUGAAGUUAUCAUACAUUUUAAUUGGAUUUUAACCUUCAAUUCGACUAAGUUUAAGCUUUAGGUACAGAGGUUUUAACGACACCAAAAAACAUACAAUUCUUCUCCAGAGCUGUGCUUCUGAAAAACAUUUGGACUGCAAACUAACUUAAUUUCCGCCUCUAAUAUCUCACUCCUCCGGUCUGUGCCACAGCCUUUCUCUGUCAGCAGAACGUCAUGUCGGCGGCCAGCGUCUCCCCCAUGUUUCCAUCACAUCCAUCUGUUAUCAUUUUAACUCAGAUCAGUGGAACACAAGUCCAGAAUAAAAUAUAUUUUGAUAAGA